GGAAUGCUGGCGGAAGCGAACACAAAACCUCGACAGAUUUCCCACGAUUUUCUACCUUACGGCGUCUCUGAUUGACGUCAUUGAGUCUUCAAGACACGGAUGUGAAUUGAUUGGAUUUUCCUCUGACUCUAACAGCCUGGUGUCGUGUGUGAAGUACAUGAAUGUUGAGGAAAAUGUUGAGAAUGUUAUAGAACAAUAUGUCAGGGAAAGACAGCCGGAAGUGGACUUUUCCAUGAUCACCAGAGCCAUCAAAUGUGGCGGAUCCACUGUGGACCAGAUUCUCAAUGGCAUUCAUUACGGAACAUCUGAAGUCCGUUGUCUACUUUUGGACGAAUGUGACAUUAUCAUUGAGUGUAAGGUGUGUCGAAGCCUGUUCAGGUCUCUCCCUAAUUUCAUAGCUCACAAGCGUGUUUACUGCUUGGAUGCCUUCGAAGACCCCACUGAGGUCACAAUCCCUUUACCUCAAGGAAGCCGUGAGGACAAUACUGUUGUUGUUGUUGAACCCGUGACCCCUGAAGAAACCGCAAAUGGUGAUGGAAUCCAUUCCUCACUUGGUAAUAUCACAACCGGUGAAGAACAGGUGGGUGAUGAAAGCAAAGUGACAGGAGCAACAAAUAUGUUAGAUAAAACCAUCCAACAGCUGCAAGAAGGUACUUUUGAAGGGACAUCUGAGGCUUACAAGUUCUACACCAAUGUGGUAGAUAAGGUAGAGAGAAAGGAGAUGGAGAGACAAACACAUUUCAUCCGACAGGAGACCAUUCGCAGCAACCCUAAUGCUGUACGAGUCUCCAUUGUAGAUCCAUCAGAUGUUGAGGAUGAUGCAGUUCAACACGUCACACACCACAGAGACCCCAUCUCUGAAUGGCUCAUAAUUUUGCCGAUGCAGUGUUACCCGAAACGACGGUCAGCACUCCGACGACAGAGAAGCUCCUCAGAAGCCAGCGAAGGUAAAGAUGCCGAGGAGCAGAAAGGCACUCGGGCCAAACCUUUGGCAGAUGACCCGGUGGAUACUCCAGAAGAGCCCAGACGCUCUAUGCGAUCAUGUGGACAGAUAUCUGAGAAGAAAACGGAAUGUUCCAUGUCAAACACAGAUGAGGAUUCUAGACGAACAAGAUCUGCAUCACAGCGACAUCUGAGUCCACAGAAGGUUGACGGAGGUACAAAAGAUUCACUUAGUGUUCCAGAUAGACCAACCAAAGCGCCCAGUAACCCCGAGGUGCGAAAAACUAAAGAAUCAAAGGCAGGAACGUCAGGUACUGAGGUGAAUGAUGGUGAUACAGCUAACAAAGUAGACAUGACAGAUGACGAACUGAUGCAGUUAAACCCCAGCUUGGGUCACAGAGGAAGACACUUCUGUCAGGAUAGCAAAAUAAUCGAUGCUCUGAUAGACGAGAACAACCUGAAAUGCUUCCACUGUGGUGAAGCUUUUGCGAAUGUAUCCAACAUCAGACGUCAUGUGAUUCGUCAUCUUGGUUGGAAAAGAUACCGUUGUAAGAUGUGCACAUACUGCAGCUAUAACAGGUCCGAGAUGAGAAGACACUUGGUGAAAUCACAUGGCAUGGCGGUCACUCAUAUCACCGAGACAUCACUUGACUUCUGCAUCACAGAUUUAUCGAAGGGAGCGUCACGGGCGAAGGCGAACAAGCGUCGUCAGACAGUGACCAAUAGGCGAGCCGCAAGUUCUAGUGGUAUAUCGCGUGACAGGUCGCCAUCCCCAAAACACACCGUAGGAAAACCUGAAGUCAGCGAGACCAAUAUAGUUGAUUCCACCCACCCCAAACACUAUAACAUCUCUACCCGACAGUCGCCUCGUGUUUUUGACGUGCGACCUUUCAAGACUGCUGACGCGAUGCAGACGCUUUUAACUAGGAAAGGAUUUUACCCCAAAAGCACCAAAACUUCAAGUUCACCUUCAGUGAGCUCCACAAAAACUGACGACAUGAGAACGUGUACCUCGAUUGUCUCUGAGGGCACAGAAUCAAGAUCUGUCAUUUCGGACUCUGUCAAACGCACUAAAACUAAGUCUGUCGACUUCAGAAAAACCAGGAACAAUGACAACCCGUGGGUGGACGGAUUUUACAAGCGUCUCUCCGGCGGAACAUUAGGAGCCCUUCGUAAGGAACAAGGGUUUCAUUCCUUUCGAAAGCUUGGACGUUCGUCUACCGGCACGUUUACCACAAGCUUGUCAAAUUCCUUUCGUGGCGGAGGAAUCGCCACUCGUAUCAGAAAACCCAAAGCUAACAGUAUAAAACCCGUAAACCAUGUAGUAAGUGAAACAGAUUUGGGGAAAGAAUCAGUGUCCUCAAACAAACAUUCAGUAAAAACUGCAGUCUCAGCUUGUGUCGAAAAGACUGCAAAAUAGUAACUGUCCAAAAUGUGUGGACGGGACUUGUUUGAUUCUGUCCAAAUUUUGUAUCUUUUUAAAAAAAACUGUUUUGUGAACACAAUCUUGCGUGAAGAAGUUUGGCGAUAUGUACAUACCUUAUUUUGUGAUACAUCUUACGGAAAGGGAAUGCCUUCCGGUUAAACAUGGGAGACUAAUCCCUAUGUUAACUCGCCAUAGCUCCUUUGUUUUACCUGUGUCCAUAAUUACAGCAAAGUAUUUGCAUAGAUUUCAUCCAUGUGUCUAAAAUUUACUACGGUACCGUCUGGAAAACAAACUUUGAAAAUGAACAGAUAUGCAAAAAAGUAUAGUACAUGUAUUUCGCCCAUCCCCCUAAGAGUAGUAAGGCUGUUAAAAGAAGUGGAAUAACGUAUACUUCGACAUUUAUGAAGAGUUGGAGUGUUUCGUUCAACUGAACAAGAUGGUCAGAUGUGUUGCUUAAAUAGUUGUCUGUCUAGUCAAAAUCACCUUGCCGUUUGGAAAUCUAGUUUUAGCACUUCAGUUUUUGUUAGGAUUUCGUUAUUCAUCAGCAAUGUAUUGUGUUGAUGUCACAAGCCUCGGUUUUUCUUCGAGUUAAGAAUUGAGACGAAGCUUGUCUCUUUUGUGUAUGUUAUUUGUUUUAAUUGUUGUGUGUAUGUGUUGUUGUUUUUUUAUUUAAUAUUUAUUGUUACUGUAACGCUUGCUUUUUCUAUUUGAUCUGCGCUACAGAAUGUAUAACAUCGUACAAAAGCAGCUUAGGAACUCUGACUUUUUGACGUUUAAGUGCAUUUUCAGCCGCUUAAAUAAAGUGGUGAAUCAUUUACAUAUAUACCUGUGAUAUGCACAAAGGAAGCCAAUUAUUUUUUUUCUUGAUGACGCAAACGCUUAUACUCGGAAAAUCAGUAAUCAUCUGUACACCCCCGCCCGUUAAGAUACCGUUACCUCCCAGGCAUGCGCCUCAAUAUUACCUUGCUUUUUUUUAAGAAUUCACAAUAUAUCUGCGGGGCGCUGCGUGAAAAAUUAAUGUCUUGCACCCAGCCACCCUUGUUAAGUGAAUGGCACAUCUUCGAAGACGGGAUGUCCAAGUUUUGACCGACGUAUCAAGCUACUUCAUAUAGUGAAUGUUCCACUUACACAGACAUUAUAUAUAGACAACGAUUCAAGAAUGGGCUCGGCUAGAAAAUUUGCUCGAUCAAAACAGUUUGCCGAUUCAGUUAAUGGCCAUUGUUCAUUUGUGACCUUUAGCUGCAUGUUCUUAACGGGCGAAGAAGACCUGCCUGGACAUUGUGAAGAGGGCGCGAACGAUAAAGUUCAUGUUACGCGAAAUUUUGCUUCUCAACAUGGAUGUUCUUCAAAAUGAUAAGAUCGAUGCGUGGUCACUAAUCACGUGAAAUCUCGGUCCAAAGCGUGAUUUCGCCUUGCCUGAAUUUCAUACAAUGAUUCCACUCGUCGUUAAAUGAUUUAUGGUGUGAAAAAAGAUGGCUAACUUGAACCGUGAUUUUAUUUUCCACCUACUGCGGUGUUUAUGUGUACUGCUUAUGUAACACUGAUUACGCCUCUGAUGCUGACCAUCAAAAUUUGGAGUGAAGGUACAACAUUAAACUUAACCAAAAAUGUCCCCUUUAAAAGAGCAUCGUGAUGGCAAAGAAAACAACUCAGAAAUUAAGUUAUUUCUUUAUAAUAGAAUUUAAGUUGUUUCUGUGUAAUAGAAUUUAAGUUGUUUCUUUGUAAUAAUCGAAAACUGAAUUUUUUUCCAAAAAAUAAAAUAUACCUAGCUGAAUAAAUAAAUGCUCCCUCGUUGGGAUCUGUAUGCAUCUUACAAAGCGCAUCAGGACUGAUGACUUUACAUGCAAUCUUUCCUGUCAGAAUAGUAUUCUAAGCCACAGGAAAAGAUUGCAUUUAAUUGAUUUUGUGUUCUGAAUUCUUAAUUUUUGAACUUUUCAUUGUUGAUGACAUUCAGCCUGAAAUGAUCUCAUGUUAUUAAAUGUGAUUAAUGAUAAUGGUGAGGUUAUCAUCCAUUAUGUCGACUAGAUGAGCUGCUAUUUUGUAAUCGGAGACUUUGUGUGGAAAGGCCGAGCAUGUAUAGCUAUAGUCGACACAUUGCCAAUCUUGUCGAU